GGAGAUAGAGGCUAUCAAAGAAGUGAGGUGUGUCAAGGAACAACAAGGCAAGGAACAACCCACAGGAGUGGAAUGUUCCUGAAAUUAUUAAAGUUGGAUUCAGUUAAAAGAAAAAUGGAGGGGUGUGUGUAGGACGAAAUAGUACAAUUAAAUGCACGUAGCAUAUAAAAAGGAAACCCAGGAGAAGCUUCCAGAAUCUUAUUUGAUAAAGCUGAAAACACCUGUUGUGACCAUCAGAGACAUCUUUUCCUUUCUUUUUGGGAUUGUGAGUAUGCUAUCUCAGGUUGGAAGCGAAUAUCCUUUCCCUUGAAGCGGAAAUAGAAUCAGCAGAAUGCUCCUUUCAGAAGUGCUUUUGUUCAGUUAGAACACAGAACAGGGAAAAGGGAUUCAGCGUAUGCUGGAGGGAAUAAUACUUCUCCUGAAGACACAGGUUCACGGUCUGGGCACGCUCCUGGCUGCAGCCCUGAACAUGGCUGUCUAGGUUUCUGCAGUGGAUAGGAGUGGAUUUGCAGUUAAGGCUAGUGCACCAAUUCCGCCUGUUCCUUGAGGUGAAUGAGUUGCCCAAAGUGACACAUGCCUUCGCUACAUCCUGUUUGAAUUAUUGUAAUGUGCUGUAUGUGGUAAUGCCUUAGGAAGGUGCUCAGAAACUUCAACUGGUUCAAAGACCUGCAGCCAGACCGUUGACAGGGGCUGGUUAUGGGGAGCACGGCACUUCAUUACUAGAACAGCUUCACCGGCUAGCAAUCUGUUUCCAGGCAAAAGGAGACUUGCUGUUUCAAACGUUAUGGCUUAGCACCUUGUAUAAGUUCGUGGAGGGUAAUAUCUGUGUAACAAUGUGAGUUCGAUUUCACUAGGCUCGGUAGAUUCUUUUGAUGUAACUUUGGCUUUGAGGCAACUACGAGUCCCAAGUCCCAGGUGCAGAGGAGAAUUUGUCAUAAAAGAUUUAGUGAUAGCAAUGGUCAGGGAUGGAUUUAGAAAAAGAUUAGACUUAUUCAUGGUGAAUAAGUCAAUAAAUGAUUAGAGGUGGCCCAAGGCAUCGUACUGCCUGAGACAAGCUAAACAGUGCCCCUCUCAAAUAUGUUACCUGAGGCAGUUGCUUUAUUUUAUCUAAUACAGUGGUACCUCGGGUUACAGAUGCUUCAGGUUACAGACGCUUCAGGUUACAGACUCCGCUAACCCAGAAAUAGGACCUCGGGUUAAGAACUUUGUUUCAGGAUGAGAACAGAAAUCGUGUGGUGGUAGAGGAGGCCCCAUUAGCUGGAGUGGUACCUCAGGUUAAGAACAGUUUCAGGUUAAGAAUGGACCUCCAGAACGAAUUAAGUUCUUAACCCGAGGUACCACUGUAGUAGCUCCAACAAUGGCCAUGAUGGCUGCAUAUGCCCUCCAGUGACAGAAAAACACCUUAUUUAUUCUGCUGCUUUUAGUUGUCAUUUCUGUUCUGCUCUACAUUCACUGUUGUAUUUUUAUCCAUGCUAUUUUUGUCAGGUGCCCUCGUAGGGUGAAAUCCUUGCCUCAUAAGGAAUUGCUACAUCCAUCCAGCCAGCACCCUUAGACACAAGCGAGAGAUAAAGGGAAGAGUAAAGCCAGAAGACAAGACGAUGAAUGUUCUUCUUUGCACUGCCACUGCUGCCAUCCUUUUCAUCAUGGCUGAGGCUCAGACUGCUAGCAUGCCUUUUGAGAAAGAGUUAGGUGCCACUCCUGAAGCCUUGCCUUUGGCUACCUGGCUAAUAAAAAGACUACCAAGUUGUAUAAAACGCUGUGUAAUCUGCGAGGCACAUGUGAUACCGAUUGGAGUCAUCUGCCUCAGGAACAUUUGCUUAUCCCAGAGAUCCAUAACGACAGUAAAUGCUACCCUCUACAUUUGAAAAGGAAGGAUGCCUGGAAUUCCUUGCAGAGGGACUUUUUUCAUUUAGGAUAUUUUUGGAAUACCUGCAGGAAACUUUAUUUCCCAAGAAACCAGAGCUAACUCAGUACUUGUGGCCAGCAACAGAGUUUCUGGCCAAUAACUUGAAGUCACAGCUGAAGAAUCCUGAGUCCAUGCAACCUAUACCUGACGCCAUUGAUGAUGAUCUUGUUCAUAAGAUAGCAAUGUAUACUGGCUGGACACCUGCAAUUCUCAGGCACACCAUACUUAGAAGGUACCUGAAGUUUAUGGAUACAGCUGCAAGUGCAAUUCGGUCCAUAAACACAUCAUAGAUAACAGUUAAUGAUGUGCAUCAACUGGCAUUUAGAAGAGGACAACCAUUUGGACAAAAAAAAUGACCCCGAGUUUACCAGGAAAAAAAUGUUUGAGAAGCCGCACUGCAGCCCACAGCUGACCACAUCCUAAUCUCCCCAGUGGGCCAAGAUUGAGAGGUGGAAAGGAGUACAGGUCAUCAGUUAGAACCCAUUUAAAGUCUCUGCAGCCAUAAAACACACCUAAAAGUGGAUAAUUUGUGGAGAAAACCUUGAAGAUGCCUAGAAUACUUGCUCAACUGAAGAGAAAGCAGCAGGUGUUUAAAGUGCUUUGAAUGCAAACUUCAGUCAUUGGAAAGAAAGAAAAAUAGAGGCUCGCAGAGAAAACUGGCAAAACCACUUUUCCAGUGCUUCCUAAUGGAAGCACUUGACUAACUUUAAGUUAGCUUCAGAACCAAACAAAAUAUAGAAAUAUUGUUAUACUUGAGCUACAAAUGGCAACUGCAUGUUUAUUUAUUCUAUGUCCCAUUAAGUCAUCAGAACCCCAAGCAGGUUACAGAAAACAUCCAUUGUGUACCAAUAAAAGAGAAAUUAAAAGAAGUUUUCAAAAUGUUAAAACCAGCAGUUUCGAAAACAAGAAAGCACAGCAUAUUGUUCUACCUGGAACAGGUGAUAUUUAGCUAAGAGACGAAACAGCAGUCAUUCAUUUAUUAUGGUAGGUCCUAUGGCCUGCCCAUGCUGAUUUCUAAAUUCAGAGAAACAACCAACAAAUAACUAUUUCCCUCCUUUACAGUCUCAAGAGACAGGACUGAUCCAUUUUGUGAUUGAAAUCACUCUUGAAAAACUGGUACAUAUACUGCCUAGUUUCAAGAAUCAGAGAAAACUUAUAAAAAUAGGAAAUUAUCAAUGCACAACAUGAAGAUUAUAAACAAUUGCUUCUCCACAGAACCAUGUCUCAAGAUUUAUGAUGAUUAUGAAUAACUUUUGCAGGUAAAAGAAUAAGAGGGAGAGAAAAAUAAGGUUAACUUGCAUGAAGAGUGUCACAGGUAUAGGCUUAUAUAUGAUAAGAUUGUUAUAAUGUCUCCUAGGAUAUUAUUGCGAAGGGCAGGAAUGGAAUGUUAUUGAUAAUAAAAACAAACAUUCAAAUAAAUUUCUUUAAAAUCAA